UCCAAAGAAGCUCGCUUUACGCCCAGCAACAAAUUUCACCGCACCUUCGUUCCAAUCCUAAAAUUCAGCAGCAGCACCACUGCUGGUUUGCAUCGCCAGAGAGAAUUUUGAAACGAGUUACUUCUAAAAGCCUUGAAACAGAGAAUUUCGCUAGAAAUGAGUUGCUUCUAAAAGCCUUGAAACAGAGAAUUCAGCUGGGAAUGGCUAUGGAAUUAUUCUUGAGGAUUGGCCGGACUGCAUGGGUUCAAUACAUGAACUCUAGAAGCCUCGAAGAGAAUCUUGAUCUCCUAAGAACUGAAAUGCAAGAGUUGGAUAGUCGACAGACUGAUUUAAUUAUUGCACUUCACAAAGCCAAUGUCGAAGAUGGAAAGAAGCCAAAGGCAGAGGUGAGUUUAUGGCUGGAAAAUGUGGACAAGAUUACAAGCCAAAUGACUAAGAUAGAAGAAGAUUGUAGAGUACGAAGAGAUUCCUUAGCCUCACGUGUACAAUUGGGAAAUCUUGUCAUAAAGAAGAUUGAAGAAGUGAUGAAGCUUAAGGAGAAAGGUCAAUUUUCAGAAGGGUUACUUGCUGAUCUAUUAUCUGAAAUGGGGAUUAUGCCAACGACGAAACUGGUGGGUAAAACGACAGCCGAAAGAAAUUUGGAACAGAUUUGGGAGUCAUUGAGGGAUCAUGAGGUCAGAAGUAUUGGUGUGUAUGGCAUGGGGGGCGUGGGUAAGACAACCAUCAUGACCCACAUCUACAAUAGAAUAAAGAAAUCUGGAAUAUUUGGCAUUGUUAUUUGGGUGACGGUUUCUAAUGAUUCUAGUGUUGAGAGAUUGCAAAAUGGUAUUGCACAAGCAAUAGGAUUAAAUCUUUCUAAUGAACAAGAUGAAAUGAGAAGGUCCAUGAAAUUGUUCGAGGCUUUGAAGCGUAGGGAGAAGCUCGUUGUCAUCUUUGAUGAUGUGUGGAAUUCAUUUUCGUUGCAAAUGGUAGGGAUUGCUGAGGACAUGGCAUGCAAAAUAGUAUUCACUACUCGUUCAAAAAAUGUGUGCCGAGCCAUGAACUGUCAAAAAACUUUUGAAGUGAAGGUUCUCUCGACUGAAGAAGCAUGGGAAUUGUUCAAGGAAAAGCUUGGGGUUAAUGUGGUGCUUUCUUCUGAGGUAGAACAGAUUGCGAAGCUUGUCACUAAAGAAUGUGCUGGUUUGCCACUUGGAAUCAUCACUGUAGCAAGUGCAAUGAGAGAAAAGAAUGACAUUAGAGAAUGGAGAAAUGCAUUAGAGGAGUUACAAUGCUCAACGAUGGAUAUCGAAGGCAUGGAUGAUAAAGUUUUUCGAAUUUUGAAAUUUAGUUACGAUCGAUUAAAAAGUGAGAAGAUUCGAUCUUGUUUCUUGUAUUGUGCUUUAUUUCCGGAGGACUAUGAAAUCUCUCCUGCGGAGCUGGUAAGUUAUUGGAUGGCAGAAGGAUUGAUAGAUGAUAUGGGAGACUGGAAAAAGGAAGCUGACAAAGGCCACGCAAUAUUGAAUGGACUGAUUGAUGUAUGUAUGUUGCUAACGAGGAGGCAUAAUGGUCCUAAAGUGGUAAUGCAUGAUUUAAUAAGAGAUUUAGCCAUUGGCAUUACAAGGAAGAGCCCUCGGUUUGUGGUGCAGGCUGGGAUCCCAAUAAGGAGAUCAAUUCGUGUAGAAGAAUUUAAUGAAGAUGCUGACAGAAUAUCAUUCAUGACAAAUAAAAUCAAAAAGCUUCCAGGCGAACCAAACUGGCCAAAACUCUCCACAUUGUUUUUGCAAAAGAAUCCUCUCUCAGACAACAUUUCUCAUGAGUUUUUCAAUCGCAUGAACAGCCUCAGAGUUCUAGACCUCUCUUACACUGAGAUUGAGUAUUUGCCAGCAUCAGUUUCAAACUUGGAGAACCUGCAUGCACUCUUACUAAGUAAUUGUCAAAGGUUAAAGGACGUACCGUCCUUGGCAAAGCUCAAGCGUCUAAGAAUUUUGAACCUCUCUAAUACUCUCAUCAAAGAAGUACCAGAUGGGAUGGAAUGUUUGGUUAACCUCAAAGAGCUUUAUUUAGUGUUUUAUGGUCGGUCUGCUGCAAAGACAAAUGUUGUUAGUUGUAAUUCAUUAGUGCUUCCUGAUAGUAUUGUCAAGUUGAAGAUGGAGAGAUGCGAUCUGUCAAGCUUGCCCUUCCUCUCUCACUUGCCAAUAAGAGACGACAGCAACAUAACGUCUUUACCCUCAAUACAGUCUCUGGAUCUAAAAGGGCUUCCGAAUUUGAGGGGUCUGUGUGAGGGAGCCUUGCUACCUGGCACAUUCGCAUGCCUCACACACAUGAAAGUCUCCGGAUGCCAAGUAUUGGAGAAUCUCAUGUCACUUGAAUUGUUUCAGCACCUCCAAUGCCUCAGAUUAAUGAGAAUUGAAAAUUGCAGUGAGAUGGAGGAGGUGAUAAAAGGAGGAGAAGAAGCUAUGGUUGAAGAAGAAGGUUAUAACAGCAUCAAUAACAAUACCAUUAUACUCCCUAACUUGAGGGAUUUUCAAUUGGCUGAUUUAGGGAAAUUGAAAAGCAUUUGUAAGCAGGUAAUCAUUUGCCCUUCCCUGAAUUGGAUUGGCAUACAAGGUUGUCCUCGGCUGAAGAAGAUCCCUCUUUCCUUGGGCGACUCAACAUCUGUUCUAAAAGGGCAUAUCAAAGGAAGUAAAGAGUGGUGGGAUGCAUUGGAGUGGGAUGAUCCCAACACCAAAACACUUUUCCAACCUCUUUUUCAAGGAUUGGAAGGACGUAGAAUGAAAAGAAGAGCAGAAGAAGAAUCAGAAGAGGUUGCUUCCACGUCACAGCAGCGGUAAUCUCCUCAUUAGGAUGGACUUUGGAUUUUUAUUUUAUUUUUUUGUAAAUUUAGUAAUUUAAAUUUCAAACAAGUAUGGUUGAGAAAUGUAUUGUUAGUAAGAAUGGGUUGUGUUCUUCUUCUUC